AUGGAAAUCCCAUCCGAAACCUGGAAGACAAAGACCAACAAAGUCGCCCAGACCCUUCGCAUCCCCACGUCCUGGUCCGGCCCCAGUAUUGUCAGCCCGUCCCUGCUCUCCGACGCACUGUGGACGGUCAAAGAUGGACUCUUCAUGUGUACUUGCAGGACGCCCCACAACGAAGAUCACUAUCUGGUAGAGGAUCGUAUCGUCAAGGCGUUGCAGAAUGCCCUGUUGGUCGCAGCGACGAAUGAAGCCGAAACACCGCGAUGUCUGGAAAAGAAGCGCAUUCCGACACGCUCAGCCGCCUUGAACUGGGACAAAUCAUUCCGCCAGGACGAGUUUUCGUGGGACAAGGAGGGCAUGAGGGUUAGGAUCGUCACCCUGGAUGAAGUAGCUAUGUGCUCUACCCGCAAGCUAGAAAGUUUGAAGCUAGUGGAGAUGACAUCUCUAAAGUGCCCUGACAAGCACCUCGAUUGUGUCUACGUCUGCCGAGUGUUGACGAAAGCAAAAGUUGAGGAUGGUAUCGUCUUUCAAGUAGAAGAUCCCCAAGGCCGUGUCCUCCCCGUCCAAGUCAAAUUCCCCACCGCCACCCCCUGCUACGCCCUCAACCUCCGCUCCACCCUGCAAGAAAUCUACCCUGUCGGCGCUAUCCUCGCUAUUCGCGAACCCGAGGUCCGAACAGGGAUGAAGGGAGGCUAUGUCAUCAUCGUCGACGUGCCCACGGAUAUACAGGAGCUGCAUCGCUCUCACCCUCUAGCGCAAAUGUUCAAGGGAGUGGCACCGGCGGCACUGAUCCACGAGUUGACUUGGGAGGAAGUGAAGGACUUGGGGAACAAGGCUUUAAAAGCGAAAAACCCCAUCAUCGCCGCCAAACACUAUACCACCGCUCUCAGAUACCCCGAAGUCACCUCGGACCCUAGCCGACAGUUGACUCUCUAUCUCAACCGAGCCCAAGCCCACCUCGACCAGAAACUCUACGGUACCGCCUAUAGAGAUUGUUUCCACGCCGAGAGGUUUGUGUGCGAUCCGGAUGCGCCGGCUACAUACGCGCAGCUGGCCAAGCUGUACUGGCGGAUGGCCAACGCGGCGUACGGCCUCCGUCUCUGGUCUACUGCCGAAAGACUCCUCGACAAGUGCCACGUCUACUCUGAAGUUCUCGAGCCUUUGACAGCUAUGAAGGCCAAGCUGGAGACGAGAAAGAUUGAGAGGCAGUAUGGGCACUACAACUGGACGUCCAUCUUGCAAGAUGUCCAGCGUUCCAAUGCCCCUUGUAUCGACGUUGCCGACUACCAAGGCCCCGUCGACAUCCGCAUCAUCCCGAAAAGGAACACCCGGGGUCUCGUUUCAACCCGGGCUGUGCGAGCUGGCGAACUGCUUCUCGUUUCCAAAUCGCUCCUUACGUCGUACUCGGGCGAUGCCGGCAACGCAAUCACUCCCUGCAUAGACCACCUCAACGAAGACUACAUCAAACCCUCCUCCUACUCUGCCAUCUCCCGUGCCGUACACCAAUAUCUCGACGACCCCUUCUCAGCCCAGAUCUUCUCUUCCUGUGAUUUCUACGAACACGGCGCUCUCUCCAUGCUCCCGACUUGGCAGUGCGCGGAAGCCAAGCGGCUGGAAGAACUGUUCAAGCCGGUGUCGGACAUUGACUUGAGGCGGAUUAGGAACGUGAUUAGGGAUAUCAAGGUGCACGAUUCGCCUGUUUCCCUCAAGGCGACGGUGAUACCGCGGAGCACGACGAAUGAGGAGAGCAGGGAGUGGCCGUUGAUGGUGUUCGGGAUGCCGGGCGUGAUGGUGCAUUCUUGCCGGCCGAACGUGUCGAUCAAAGUCUGGGGCGAUGUUGCCGUAGUGCGCGCACUCUACAACAUGCCCAAGGGCACCGAGCUCUGCUCAAACAAAUUCGACACCUCCCUCACAUACACCCCCCGCUCCGAAGUCGCUUUUGAAAAAGGCUUUAAAUGCUCUUGCUCCCUCUGCCGGUCCGACGCUAAGACAGAAUACGACCUCCGCUUCCGGCUCCUUGAAGAAGUCGUCCCGAAACUCAAAGCCGACUUUCACACAAUGCUCAUGGCAAAGAUGGAUACGGGCACCCCGUCCGGGUGGAAUAAGGGGAAAGAAUGGGUCAAAGUUUGGAUGCAGAUGGAGAGAAAGUUGAUGUCGACGUAUGCGGAUUCAAACAAGUGGAUGCGAGGUGAUCUGGUGGAGACUAGGAAGAUGUUGAUGGCGGCUUGGCUCCUGCUCGACAGGCGCAAGGCUAUCCAGGCGAUGAAGGACGCCAUGGAAGCGAAUGGAUGUGUAUGGUCGUCGGCGGACGAACGGAUGUCGCACGGCAGACUUCUCGAGCGUAUAUGUGCUGGAGACGACAGUCUCGUCAAAGACCUCCUCUAUCCCGUCAAAUCGUUCUCAAGAAUAAAGCCGGUCUCUACUGAAACUCGUGCGUUCAUCAGUUUCUGGGCCCGUACAGCAUUCUGGGCGCACCAGAUUCUUUUCGGCGGUGAUCUUGCCUUUUUCAAAUAUCGAUUCUCCAGCGAGCUGCCGGCGGAACAAGAAGGGUUGAUCUAUUGGGAGUAUAAUGAGGAGACCAAGAAGUAUGGGAACGGGAUCGACGUGCCGGCGAAUAAUGCGCCGAUCGAUGUCAAGUUCUUCCAGGGUGGGAAACAGCAGAUCUAUUAA